AUGGCGACUGACGUGGCUUUCGACACGAGCAUGGGCUCGUUCACAGUAGAGCUCUACAAUGCGCAUGCGCCCAAGACGUGUAAGAACUUCGCGACGCUUGCGCAACGAGGCUACUACAACAAUGUCAUCUUCCACCGCAUUAUCCCCAACUUCAUGGUACAAACUGGCGAUCCUACCGGCACUGGCAGAGGAGGAAGCUCUAUCUACGGCGAGAAAUUCGAGGACGAGAUUAAUCCCAACCUCAAGCAUACCGGUGCUGGAAUUCUGAGCAUGGCAAACAGCGGGCCCAACACCAACGGCAGUCAGUUUUUCAUUACGCUUGCCCCAACACCAUGGCUGGAUGGAAAGCACACUAUAUUUGGUCGCGUCAAGAGUGGCAUGAGGGUGAUCCAGCGCAUGGGACUGGUUAAGACAAAUUCGGAAGACCGGCCUGUGGACGAGGUGAAAAUUCUCCGUGCCAGAAUCGUGGAGGAGACGGGAGACGAGUGA